AUCCGACGGGGGAAACACUGGCCCGACGAGGAAGCAGGACCGUGGUGGGACCUCGGCGGGCUCCGGACCGGGGCCGGGGGCGGCGAUGGCCUCGGCGGCUGUGGAGAGCUUCGUGGCCAAGCAGCUGGACCUGCUGGAGCUCGAGAGAGACGCGGAGCUCGAGGAGCGCAGGUCCUGGCAGGAAAGCAUCUCUGUGAAAGAGCUCCAGAGCAGAGGCGUCUGUUUGCUGAGGCUGCAGGUUUCCAGCCAACGUACUGGGCUGUACGGGCGGCUCCUUGUCACCUUUGAGCCCAGGAAGUGUGGGUCUGCACCAGUGCUUCCCAGUAACAGCUUUACUUCCGGUGACAUAGUGGGUCUGUAUGACUCUGCUAAUGAGGGCAGUCAGCUGGCCACGGGGAUCCUGACCCGGAGCACCCUGAAAGCCAUCACGGUGGCCUUUGACGAGACCCAUGAUUUCCAGUUGAGCUUGGACCGAGAGAAUUCCUACAGACUCUUAAAACUUGCCAAUGACGUCACUUAUAAACGACUGAAAAAAGCUCUGAUUGCUCUAAAGAAGUAUCACUCGGGCCCGGCAUCCUCCCUCAUAGAGGUCCUCUUUGGCAGCUCCACCCCCAGUCCUGCCAGUGAACUGGACCCGCCGGCCUUCUUUAACACCUCCCUGGACACCUCCCAGCAAGAAGCUGUUUCAUUUGCACUGUCCCAGAAAGAGCUCGCCAUCAUCCAUGGACCUCCUGGCACUGGGAAAACCACGACUGUGGUAGAAAUAAUUCUCCAGGCCGUGAAACAGGGCUUAAAGGUUCUGUGCUGUGCUCCCUCUAACAUUGCAGUCGAUAACCUGGUGGAGCGCCUGGCUCGGUGUAAGCAGAGGAUUCUGCGCCUGGGCCACCCAGCGCGCCUUCUGGAGUCCAUUCAGCAGCACUCCCUCGAUGCAGUUCUAGCACGCACUGACAAUGCCCGGAUCGUCGCAGAUGUCAGAAGGGACAUCGAUCAGGUCUUUGUGAAAAACAAAAAGACCCAGGAUAAGAGAGAGAAAAGUAAUGCUCGGAAUGAAAUUAAGCUGUUAAGAAAGGAGCUGAAGGAGAGAGAAGAAGCAGCUCUGCUUGAAUGCCUCACUUCAGCAAAUGUCAUCCUUUCAACAAACACAGGUGCUUCUUCGGACGGCCCUUUGAAGCUGCUGCCUGAGAGCUACUUUGACGUGGUGGUCAUUGAUGAGUGUGCCCAGGCCCUCGAGGCCAGCUGCUGGAUUCCCCUGCUGAAGGCCCGCAAGUGCAUCCUGGCCGGGGACCACAAGCAGCUGCCCCCCACCACGGUCUCACACAAGGCUGCACUGGGGGGGCUGUCACUCAGCUUGAUGGAGCGCCUGGUGGAGCAGCUCGGCAGCCAUGUGGUGCGGAUGCUGACCGUGCAGUACCGCAUGCACCAGGCCAUCAUGCAGUGGGCCUCCGAGGCCUCCUACGGUGGGCAGCUCACCGCACACCCCUCCGUGGCAGGGCACCUGCUCAGGGACCUCCCAGGAGUGGCUGCCACGGAGGAGACAGGAGUCCCCCUGCUGCUCGUGGACACCGCCAGCUGUGGGCUGUUUGAACUUGAAGAGGACGAUGAUCAGUCAAAGGGGAACCCCGGUGAAGUCCGCCUCGUCAGUCUGCAUGUCCAGGCCCUGGUGGAUGCUGGUGUCCAAGCAGGUGACAUUGCCGUCAUCACGCCGUACAACCUGCAGGUGGAUCUGCUCAGACAGAGCCUGGCUCACAGGUACCCCGAGCUUGAAAUUAAGUCGGUCGACGGCUUCCAGGGGCGUGAGAAGGAGGCUGUGGUACUGUCCUUCGUCAGGUCCAACAGGAAAGGUGAAGUUGGUUUCCUUGCUGAGGACCAGCGGAUCAACGUGGCCAUCACCCGUGCUCGGCGCCAUGUGGCAGUUGUCUGUGACUCUCACACAGUCACCAGCCACGCCUUCCUGAAGGGCUUGGUGGAUUACUUCACCGCGCAUGGGGAGGUGCGCACAGCCUUCGAGUAUCUCGACGACAUCGUCCCCGAGAACUAUUCGCACGAGCGUGUCCAGGGCUGCGGUCCAGCGGGCACGAAGCCCCCAGGCGUUGCUUCGUCUGGCAGGAGGCCUCCAGGGAGCAGGUGGCCGGAGGGAGGCCGGGAGGCCAGAGCAGCAGCCCGGCCUGACGGGAGGCCUUUGGACUGUGAAGCCCAGUCGAGACCCAGCCUCAAUGGAGGCUGCCCAGAGGGAGUGGGGGGAAGAGACAGCGUGGACCACCUCAGGGCUGUGAUCGCAGAGUUCAUAGCGAGUGAGAAGACGCAGCUGGGGUUUCCUGCCUCUCUGAGUUCCCAUGACAGGCUGCGGGUCCAUCAGAUCGCGGAGGAGCACGGGCUGAAGCACGAGAGUGCUGGGGAGGGGAAGAAGAGGCACAUAACUGUGAGCAAGAAGGUACCCCCGGCCCAGGCCCUCCUCCCUCCCGCAUCCCCCAGCCCUGCACAGCCAGAGCGACCCCCCAGCGACCAGGGUGGUGGGGCCCCGCUGGAUCUGAAGGCUCUCCACCUGGAAAGGCUGCAGAGGGAGCAGCAGACCAAGAAGGGGCAGGAGCCUGUGGCCACAGGGAGGCAGAAGUUACCAGAAAAGAAAAAGAAAAGAGAAGCAAAAGGACCUGCGGCCAUCGCCCUGCCUGCCGAGGAGGACUUCGAUGCCCUGGUUUCUGCUGCCGUCAAAGCCGAUAACACCUGUGGCUUCCCCAAGUGCACGGCCAGCGUCGCCACCCUGGGCCAGCUCUGCCUGCACUGCGGCCGCCGGCACUGCCUCAGCCACCACCUGCCCGAGGUCCACGGCUGUGGGGAGAGGGCACGCGCCCACGCCCGGCAGCGAAUCAGCAGGGAAGGCGUUCUCUGUGCCGGCAGCGGGACCAAGGACAGGGCCCUGGACCCCGCGAAGAGGGCCCAGCUCCAGAGGCGGCUGGACAGGAAGCUGGACGAGCUGACCGGCCAGAGGAGGAGCAAGAGGAAGGAGAAGGAAAAGUGACAGGCUGGGUUUCCCCACGGCCUCCAGGGCUUGUCUUUGAAAACAUGGCAGAAGAAAUCCCAGCGAGUGACUCCUCAGAGUGCUUCAGUGAGGCUCAGGAAGGUUCCAUUUCCUUGGAGAUCUGUUUGGCCUAAAACUCUGUAAAAGGCUCUCUGCCCCUGUCCUGGGCUGGCUGCUUCCAGCCCGUCAGGAUUCGGGCGUUUAAAGGAAGCCGGAAACCCGGGCCCAGUCGGUGGGCCCUUCGAUGGGUUCCAGGAGCGUCCGGCCUUUCUCCCUGGUGUUUCUGUGCAGCCAGCUCGCCAUUUGUGGGACCUGUGACUUUGCCACGCGGCUGUUUGCGACUCCUAAUGCAUCCCGCACAGCGCGGCAGGCGCAGCCCUGGGCCCGCCCCCUGCGCUCCUGAAGUCGGAGGGCUCCUUGGUCCCUGGCCUGCGCGGCCCCUCCUCGACUGCAGCUGGGAAAGGGGUGAGCGGCCGCCGUCCCUGCCUUUCCUGAGAAAGCGCCUCCCGAGGUGCUCGGAUCCAAAGCCUUCCCGAGACAGUCUCUGUUGUUCUUUGCCAGUGAUUAAUUAAGAGAACUUCAGAGGAAUGUGUUGUUUUAGCCCCAGAUUUUUAUUUGUUUCAAAGGGAAAUAAAUUAUUUAAAAAUUAAAUAAAAUAUAUACAUCCUGUCCUUGUA